GCCGGAAAGGGCCAGCCUCGAGAUGGGAGAGCGGAGGCGUUCUGUGGGCUGGGCUGAGAGCCUCCUCCCCGAGACAGCAUCGACUUGACCCCCGGCCCCGGAGGGCCCGAGCUAGGGGGCUGUCUUAGUAAAUUCCGGCAGUGCCUCCACCCUCCGGUGGCGGAGACACAGAGGGCGGGUCGCACUCGAGGGUCAGGAAGGAGAGUGACCCGGCCCGGGUCCCGGGCCCUCCCCACCCGCCUGGCGGCCAGAACUCCAGCCCUGGGGAGUGGGCAGGGCCUAUCUUCUGUGCCUCACGCCCUGCUUUUCGCCUCCUUUAGCGCUGUCUGCUAGCUGCUUUUCCUGCUCUCUCUUCUGGGAGGCGAAUCCUUGAGCCCGAGAUGGCAGCCACCCUGCUCAUGGCUGGGUCCCAGGCACCUGUGACAUUUGAAGAUAUGGCCAUGUACCUCACUCGGGAAGAAUGGAGACCUCUGGAUCCUACACAGAGGGACCUUUACAGGGAUGUCAUGCAGGAGAAUUACGGAAACGUUGUCUCACUAGAUUUUGAGAUCAGGAGUGAGAAUGAAGUGAAUCCAAAGCAAGAGAUUAGUGAAGAUGUGGAAUUUGGCACUGCAUCUGAAAGACCUGUGGGGAACACUGAGGAAAAUCCUGAAAAUGAAGAAGCCUUUGAAAGCAGGGAGAGACCCGAAAGACAGUGGGGAGAUUUAACAGCAGAAGAGUGGGUAAGCUAUCCUCUUCAACAAGUCACUGACCUGCUCGUUCACAAAGAAGUCCACACGGGCAUCCGGUAUCAUAUAUGUUCUCAUUGUGGAAAGGCCUUCAGUCAGAUCUCAGACCUUAAUCGACAUCAGAAAACCCACACUGGAGACAGACCCUAUAAGUGCUACGAAUGUGGAAAGGGCUUCAGUCGGAGCUCACACCUUAUUCAGCAUCAAAGAACACACACCGGGGAAAGGCCUUAUGACUGUAAUGAGUGUGGGAAAAGUUUUGGAAGAAGCUCUCACCUCAUUCAGCACCAGACAAUCCACACUGGAGAAAAACCCCACAAAUGUAACGAGUGUGGGAAAAGUUUCUGCCGGCUGUCUCACCUCAUCCAGCACCAAAGGACCCAUAGUGGGGAAAAGCCCUAUGAGUGUGAGGAGUGUGGGAAAAGCUUCAGCCGGAGCUCUCACCUAGCUCAGCACCAGAGGACCCACACAGGUGAGAAGCCUUACGAGUGUAAUGAAUGUGGGCGAGGCUUCAGUGAGAGAUCUGAUCUCAUCAAACACUAUCGGGUGCACACGGGGGAGAGGCCCUACAAGUGUGAUGAGUGUGGGAAGAAUUUCAGUCAGAACUCCGACCUGGUGCGCCAUCGCAGAGCCCACACGGGAGAAAAGCCGUACCACUGUAACGAAUGUGGGGAGAAUUUCAGCCGCAUCUCGCACUUGGUUCAACACCAGAGAACGCACACAGGGGAAAAGCCGUACGAAUGUAACGCUUGUGGGAAAAGCUUCAGCCGGAGCUCUCAUCUCAUCACACACCAGAAAAUUCACACCGGAGAGAAGCCCUACGAGUGCAAUGAGUGUUGGCGAAGCUUCGGAGAAAGGUCAGAUCUCAUUAAACACCAGAGAACCCACACCGGAGAGAAGCCCUAUGAGUGUGUACAGUGUGGAAAAGGUUUCACUCAGAGCUCCAACCUCAUCACCCAUCAAAGAGUUCAUACGGGAGAGAAGCCUUACGAGUGUACAGAGUGCGAGAAGAGUUUCAGCCGGAGCUCGGCACUUAUUAAACAUAAGAGGGUACAUACUGACUAAGUCCUGUAAUUAUAAGAAAUGAUUCACUUGAAGGUACAAUUUUAUUUGAUAGCAAAGAGCUCUCUCAAGACGGAGCUGCUUUUACCGUAGUGAAGUUCCUUGCCGGCCAUCAUUUGAAACAUCAAAGAAGAUAAGCCAUUUGAAAUUCUGACCCACAACUUUGGGAACGUUCCCCCCUUCUCCCAAGGAGUGAUUUUUUUUAUUCACUGAAUAUUAAUGAAGUACUUCAUCAGAAUCAGCUCCACAAGUAACUGGGAAUCUGAAGACCAGGGGAUGCAUGCUGGUAAAUCCUCAGGAUUGGAAAUGGAGUAAAUCUUUAAAAGUUAUCUCUCUCAUCCGUGGCCCAAAGAACUAUGCUAGGGGAAAUGUUGGACUGUAAUAGGGUGGUCACAGCUGCUUCGGAAAAAGACAACCAGAGACUGCCUGAAUUGCCACACCUGUUCACUCUCCAUAAUUGUUGGGCACGCACAUCUUCCCCUUUGAAAGGCGUUUUCCUUGAGUUGCGUAUGCAUUUGUAUCUUUCCAUCUUCCUGAGAGCAGGAUUCUGCACGAUGAAGGCAAUGAUCAUAACUGUUUCCCUCAUUGUUCCUAAUUACCUUUAUUCAAGCUUGCAUCUUUGCAAAAGCUAACUACAGAUGCAGAUUAAAAGGAAACAUGAGACACAGGUUUGGGGACCAAGGACUCAUCAAUGGUGGUGACUUUAGCAAGAGCUGGUUACUGUUGUUAUUGCCACUAAUCAAAAUGUAUUCCUUCUCUUUGGGGGAUCACUGUAGGGAACAAUGUAGGGAGGGUAUCUUCAAGGAAAGAUAGGACCAUACUGGUGGUGGAGUGUAAGGAGCAAGUGGAAUUGGCCACUCCCGGGAAGGAAACACAGAGUUCCUCCCCAAGGACCACCACCAUUCCUUUCUGUGUUCUUCCCCUUCUGCCUUGAGAGAUCAAUUCUACUGCUAACUCUAGGAUUUGAUAAGGGCCACAUCCCAGUGUUUCUCUUGGCUUGCAUAAGGGCAUGUGUAUGUACAGUAAAACGUGUAUUCCUGUAAUUUUUCCAGUAGCGGAAACUGAAUUCACACAGAAUUAGCAUGUUCCUGGGUGAUGUUGAUCAUGUGACAGAACUACAGACAACUCCAGUGUGAGAAAUGUCCUUUCAUUUUCUUUUUUUUUUUUUUAUAAAGGAAAAAUGUUAAACACUCGUGCUCUAGUGUGCACGCUCCUUUAAGAUCUGUCUUUGUACAGAACUAAGCACUCGUUUAUGUGUAUCAGUCAAUUGUGGGAGAUAAUAACUGGACAGAUAGGUUGAGUGUCCUGUUCUCAGACUGAAUACUCUUCUCUUUGGCCUACUCACAAGGAAUGAAUAAACCCAGAUAGGAAUGUGUUUCUAUCCUGUCAGUCUACAGAUACAUGUGGUUAAGAUGAAAGUUGACCCAAAUUAAACCUGUUAGCGUCAGUUCUCCCAAUCUCAGCCCACAUAGGAGUUAAGAAAUACCCCAGGCAUUGGUGCUUAUCCAGGCAUUUGGGGGUGGAAGUGUGAGGGGGAGUGGACUAAGGAAUAUAUCUUUUUCGAGAGUGCCCCAAGCUAUUUCUACUGUGCUUUAUUGUGAAUGCUGUAACAUUUGAAAAAUAUUUCGCCAUAGCUCUUUGGGACUUGGUGUGUCAAAGGAGCCAGUGGUCUCUCUCGGGUAGUAUACUACGUCGAGUCAUUAGGAGCCACAACUGUGUGGGACUGCAUCCUUUGCAGGGACACAACCUUGAAAGGAACAAAAUGAAACACCACUCCAUCAAGGAGGUUUCUUCAUGUUGCCACUCCUGUUUAAAUACAAACUCAACUCGGGCAGGGA